AUGUCACCAAGUUUGUCUAACACAAUUCCCAGAUUGUCCGUUGCAAAACCUUCUGCGAUUUUCAAAAUCAACAACAACCAAUCGCAACUGACUAAUUCAUAUGAUUUGGAUGAUUCAAUGAUGGAGGAUAACGAUCUGAAAUUAGUAGAGCAAUUCGACAUUACUAUAGGGAUUUCAAUCGAGCCGAUAGUCACUGUCGAGUCACAGCUGCUUGCCCAAAGAGAAGGAAGGAAUAGAAAUAUUAAUUCAACAUCGUCCACAGCUGCUGCUGCAAACCCUCAAAAUAUUGCUGUUUUGGCUAACAAGAUAGUUCAACAUGCUUACAAUUUUCUGAGUGGAUUUAUAACUCCAGAUGGAAAAGUACCUAUGAAGGCAUUCGACGAGUGGUGGAACAAAUUCAAAUCUCGAAUAAACGCUAAUCCCAACUUUUUAGAUACAUUAGAUUGA